CCAGUUUUGGAGGAGAAGAUCUGUCUUUUUGCACUGGCAGAGUGAUUGCGUCUCUUGCUUAGCAUUCUAGGUACAUUCCCACACUUUCCAGCAUUGUUUGGGGCUGCAUGCGGUGAUUCGCAGCUCAAUUGAACCUUGUAUCCUGUCACUGCUCUACUGAAAGAAGAGAUGGCAGGGGACAUAAGGAAGACAGGUGCAAGCUGGCAGUCCGACUUGCACGGGGCGGCUGCAAAUGUCUUCCUCCAAGCAAUUGCCAUGUUCCUCUUCAUCAGACUCUGGCCUUUCUGCAGUUUACUUCUGGGCACUUGCACUACCAGACAGAAGUCCUACUGGAACUUCUUUGGACUUGGUCUAUCAGGCACUUGGCUCCUCCUUACUGCCGCAUUUGAACGAACAAACAUGUACAGUAGACAUAGAAACAACUUUAUUAGCACAGCCUACGCAAUCCUAGCUGUAUCAAAUGCCGUCCAAGUCUGUAUAAGCCCACAAACAGCCUGGCGGAACAGUGUCCUCAAAUGCAUCCUCCCAGCCCUCGUAAACGCCCUCGCGCACCAGUCCUCAGGAAUCGCUCUAGUUAGCCGCCUCGCCGGCCACUUUUUCCUUUUCUCCUUGGUAGUCCUUUCAUUUGGGGGGUUGGCAGUGGCUCUGACCACCGUCCCUAUUCUCAUCAGCGCUCUUAUCUCCGGGGGACUGCUGGCUGCACACCGAACGUAUUCUUUAGACCCGCAGUCUGGCGAUCUGGAAGAUCGCUCUGAAAAGGGCACUGCGACGAUCGUUGCGCGCAUGGAAAGUGCUGAUUGGGUUGCGGGGCCAAGCAGUUCAAAAGGGGCUCUUGCGUUCCCAGAUGUUGCCCCAUUUGUGCCGGCUGAUGGUGCACUUUCACCUUGGCCUCAGGAAACAAAUAGUCUUGCCGCCUCUCAUUCUCAAGAUUCUCAACGGGUUGGUCUAGAAACAAAGGCCGACAGUGAGAUGUGGGUGCAGUCUUUGAAAGCAGGCCCGUCCACCUUCAAAGGCGGUGCUGACGUCAUUGCUGAGGGGGGCAGUGGUAUAGGUUGGGCCAGUGGGGAAAGGGGAACCCCCCAGGAGGAUCCCUGGAAUGUUUCUGCGGCAUUUGGAGGCUCGGGACUGGGCGGGAGGGCAAAACGGAGGAGGGGCAAGAAGCCCGUUGAAGAAAAGAGCCGGGAGCGGGCCCCUGCUGAGGUGGCAAUUGUGAUGGGGGCUGAGGUGUCCCGCUUAGUGUCAGUCUCCAAGGUGAUGGAGAUCGACGAUGCGCAGGAGUUCAUUGUGCGGGCGCAGAUCAUCAUGGGUGACACCGCCGUGCGCGCCUUACAAGAGAACGCGCGGUUUGACUCUCGCAUCGCCAAGCCGAUGCGAUUCCCAGACGAAAUGGCGCUCGAGGUCGCUGCGCGGAUGUCCGGGUUCACCGACCCCUCCGGGUUCACCGACCCCUCCACAGCGUCCGAAGCGGAACGGACCCCGCUUCCCCAGGGGCCAAUUCACACUCCCCCCAAGGGACCGAUUCACACUCCCGCCCUGGAGGCGGCGACGACAAGCGGUGCGCAGGAGCUGGCACCGGAGGUUGCUUACAGAGUUGGGGAGCCCGUUCCCACCAGCCUGUACCAGCGGGCGGAGCGGUGUGUGAAUCGGCUCGGGUACGAGUGGGCGGCGCUGAAAUGGGAGGAGAGCCAGGUGGAGGUGCGCGCGCUGGGGACGCUCAAGGAGGCCGUGCUCGGGCGGCGCGCCGAGGAUGACGUCAUGCGGGCGGUAAACCUCGUCAGGGACGCCCGUCUCGGCCUCGCCAUGCUAGCCACCGCUUCCUCCCGCCUCGAGCCGUGGCACGCGCUCGAGCGGCGGGGGUGUCGGGCCGGGCUCCUUUUCGGCCCCCUCUGGGUGACCCCCCUCCUGGCGAAAGACGCGGGUCGCGCCGCCUGGGUAGCGCAGGCGUGCCGCACGGAAGGCCUCGUGGGGGAGUCGGUGAACCGCGUGUUCCCGCAACUAGGCAUGGGCCAGGCGCGCGAGCUCGCGGCGGUGUGCCGGGACAUGGAGAGAGUCGAAAGCCAGUUAGAGGCGGAGUUGACCAAGCUGCGGACCGCCAUUCGGCCGUGGCUGCGGGGCACGCAAGUAGAGCCCCCCAGCAUGACUGGACUCGUGCUCGGGAACCUGGGCGAUGAAGUAGAGCGGCUGGCACUGCAGGCGGACGCGUUACAGCUGCAGCUGUUCCAGCAGUGCACGGAGAUCCUGACCCCCCUCCAGCUGGGCACGCUCCUGCUCGCGCUCAUGGACCAGCGGAUGCGACUACAGCGGCUCGGGUCGUUUUGGGAGUCCGUCGCCGCCGGACAGGACGUCAUGACGGGCGUCCGAAAGCUGACGGGGCGCAUGGCCAAUUUUAAUGCGUGAUUGCCGAAGAGCAGGGUUUGCAGGGUAAGCUAGCUGUCCGGGUGAGUACAAGCCCUGGAAAGCGUGUAGAUAUUGUCUUCAGUAGUUGGGCAGUCACCGGUGCAAAUCUGGGGCAUUUGCCAAGUUGCGAGGCUUUCAGGCAGAAAGGUCUAAAAGGGAGACCUGAUGCAGGCAGGUUCUGUGAGUCUUUGGUCGAAAGGUAGUUCAAUUAUGCUCUAUUCAUGCAACAUCGUUCUGGCAAAAGCAGUCGAAGAAGACCAGGCAAGGCAGGCUCCGCGCAUCAAUACUGACACACAAUAUGCAUCACAUCUGAGUUGCGCCACAAACAGUGGAGGAUUUGCGGUUUGCUUAAGUUGACGGGUGUACCUGGUUUGCUCGCUUAUGCAUACACGUAACAGUAGGUAAUGAUCGCAGCGACCGUACCAUGUAAUUACACGAGAGUAAGUUGAAGAAAUAGUGGCCUCGCGCGGCAACGACGAUUUCAAGUCCCGUUUCGGAUGUA